ACUGCAAGUAACGGUUUAACCAACCAACCAAAGAUUAAAUACAUGGAAUCUUAACACAGAAGGAGGAGCAAAGCAAAAUGUGGAGUCUACGGUCCGGUUCUGUAGAGCUGUGAUGCAUAAAGCCAGGAUGAAGGCCAGUCAAGCUGGUGGGCCCCCUGAUGGGGGUUAUGGAUGGGUGGUGGUCACCUCAGCCUUCUUUAUUAUGGGCCUCAGUGCAGGAGUCCUUAAGAACUUUGGCCUCUUCUUCCUGGAGAUCCAGAACCACUUUGGAGUACUUACCAGCACUACAUCAUGGGUGACCUCCACUAUGAUCGUUGUAUUUCACUUGGGAGCCCCAAUCGCCAGUGUCCUGAGCAUGCACUUUACCCAGAGGUCAGUCAUCAUUGUGGGAGGACUACUUGCUGCAUCAGGGAUGAUGCUGGCUUCUCUUGACCUGAGUCUUCCGUGGAUGUACCUUAGCAUUGGCAUACUGCAAGGUUUAGGACUUUCAUUUUCCUGGGUGCCAGCGAAUAGCAUGGUAAGCCAUUACUUCCUGAGGUGGCGUCCCAUAGCAUAUGCUAUCGCCAGCUGCGGUGAGUGUGUCUUCGCCAUGUUAUUCAGUCCUUUCUUUCAGUGGCUGAUCGAGGCCUACACCUGGCAGGGAGCUCUGCUCAUUAUUGGAAGCCUUCAGCUUAACCUCUGCGUCUGUGGGUCCCUCAUGAGACCUCUGGUGUCCAAACCUCAGAGUCCCACCAAACCAAAUUUGGGACAAAUCCAGGUGUCCAAAUCUACUGCGGAACCGACACCAAAGAAGAAGCUAAGCUUCCAGUGGUCAUUGCUACGGAAACCAGAACUGCUAUUCUACAUCCUGUUUGCCAUUUUAGCUGCCGUAGGCUUUUUCAUCCCACCACUUUUUCUGGUUCCCUAUGCCACCAGCCUGGGAUUGGAGAACUACUGGGCGGCGUCCAUCCUCUCUGUCCUGGCUUUGGCUGACCUGUUUGGCCGUUUGGCCUGCGGUUGGCUAGCCAACCUGAGGCUGGUGAGGAACCUUCAGCUCCUGACGAUGGUGGUCACCAUGUUGGGGGUGGUGCUGCUGCUGCUGCCCAUUGGAAAGGACUACGGGGUCCUCCUGGUCUUCUCCUUACUCUGUGGUUUUCUGUUUGGCUGCGUGGUGGCCAUCCAUGUGACGUCCAUUGUGGAUGUAGUUGGACUGGAGAGCUUCGACAGCGGCCUGGGGUUGUUCAUGCUCUUCAGAAGCAUCGGAGGCUUCAUUGGCCCACCUGCUGCAGGUUGGCUGGUUGACCUGUCCAGUGGCUAUGCCGCAUGCUUCUACCUAUCUGGAUUGGUUCUCAUCCUGUCUGGUGUGUUUGUGGUUUUAGUGGACCGUCUUGUAGAGAGGAAGAUUGCUGCUACCAGUGAGUCAUAUUUAGAGUACUAAAGGCCUGCGUUUUAGUGUGGGACAGAAAGCGGUGGUUGUGUGUGAGAGCAACUGCUAAUUGUUUUAGUCUGAAGAAGGUGUGAAGAUAUGUUUGCUUGUUCAUAAGCUCUUUGGGUGGUUGUAGUCUGAGUUUACUUGAGUGUAGUCAGGGUUUUAUUCUUAUUAUUGAGAUACUUCAGGAUUCAAAUGAACUCUGCCUCAAUUGUGAAGUUUUGUUUCCACUGUCCUCUGAUCCACUGAUCCUCUGAUCCACUGAUCCACUGUCUUCUACUGAAUCAUACCUUAGACUUCCAGUUAUUGUGAUGACUAGAUAAGUUAUUUUUGUUAUUCCAAACAACAUUUGUUUAUUUGACUAAAUUCAUCUUAUUACAUUUUUGUUGGAAAAAGUAUGUCAACCUUUGCAUUCAGUAGCUUGUGGACCCCAAUUGUAAGAAUUAGUUUUGACACAUUAGUUCAAAGUACAUUCUCGUCGUACUGAAAUAUCCCAGUGCUGUUUGGGCAAACUUAAUAUUUUUCCAUGCACAUUCUUCAUCUUAAUGUCCGGGGGUUUUGUAAAAUCACUUUGUGACUACUGCUGAUGCAAAAAUUAAUUUGAUUGAUUGAUCUUCACUUUUUACCAAUUGUGGACUUCUUAAAAACGGACUUAAGAUAAUGUGAGAGGCCUGGAGUUCCUUAGAGAUUGCCCUCUGGUUAUUUUGACCUGAAUAAUUCUAUGGCUUACUUUUAUUCUGUUGGCACUCACUCAAGGAAGGCGCAGUAAUGGUGCUGCGUUUUCUUCCAUUUUUAUAUAUCCUGACCUUGGAUUGGUGGACCUGCUUGUUUAGGAAAUUGUUUUGUAACGCUUCCUGAACUGACUGGCGUUAUGAAACCCUUUCCAGAGCUUUGUUGUGAAGAGCAGUGGUCCUUUAAGUAGGCUGGAAGCCCUAAAGGUUAACAUACUUUUAUCCCAAAUGGACCCCUAUGCCCUAAAACCUGUGCACUUCUGGAGAUCUACGAGUGGUUGACUGAUUUAAAUAAUUUGGUGGAUCUAUCAGAGGGCCAGGUGGAGGUGUUACCAGAUUGUUAACACCUUUUUUUUUUUUUUUCGUAAUGAAAUUAAAAUGUAAUUUGUUUUAUUUAAUAAUAGGUUUCCGUUAUCUAUUAUUAGGUAUUUAAUAAAUAUUUUAUGCCAAUCUAGCUCACCUGUUUUCAGGAAUACAGACAAUCCUAAAGGUUUUACCAACUUUCUCACCACUGUGUGUUUAAACCAAAUUCACGGUUGUAUUUCAACUGCUGUGUAUUGAAAUGUUCUCUGAUUUGUGUGGUAAAGGUAUGUCAUAGACUUGGCAGUACUUGUAUGAAUAGUUGUAUGCAAAUCUAGAAAGUUAUGUUUAUAAUUUUAAUGUUUUUAUCCUAAGACACAAUGAAUGCUGUAUAUAAGUACAUUUUUAAUGUUACUUGGUCAGAUGUGCUGCUAACAUCCCCCAAGCACUUUAUCUAAGUCAAGAUGCUGUACGUCCUUUCUGUGUGCAGCUUUACCAAGUGCAAUUAGACUUUUAUGCGAUCGCUCUUUUACACAACGCUGUUGCACAUUGUAACCUGAGCACUUUACAUGUCACCCAUGCCUUGUUUUGUUGUAUCGUCACUUCUGUACUAUCAUCUCAUUUUCAUUAGACUGUUGCAAAGUAUUCACUAUCAAGCUUAACAGUUGCAAUAGUUCCUUCCAUUCCCUUUACAAAAAGGGUGUCAGCUGUUGUCACACGAUUUUGGUCUUCCCUGAUAAACAGUUUUUAUGAAACGUUUUGAUGAAUUUCUUAUGUAGCAUUUUCUUUCACCAAAAAAUACUUCAGCUGAAGAAACCUUGUCCUGACUGCACACCCCUUUCCUACACCUUGAUUAAACAGGUUAUAAAUACCUCUGAUUGAAUCAAUGCCCUGUCUGUAUAGUAGAUGAUCUAGUAGUAAAUUCAGUCAAGCAAUUAGUUAGCUAAUACCAGUUUACUCCACUUUAAUAUAGGUUACCUUUGCACUAUAAAUAACAGUUGUCAAAUUGUUACUUGUCUUUUUAACGUUUGUAUGUAUCUUUAUGACCAUGAUCUCGGUUACUGUUGUUAAUGUGUUACAAUACACUGAAUAAAAUGUCUGCUUUA